GUAGCAUUAAUCCGGAAUGCACUUCUCUUCCCUCCCAACGGCCCUGGUCGCACUUCUCCUUACCACUCUCCCCGCCCCAGUCACCUUCAACCUCCCAGGCACCCAUGCCCAGUCUCAGUUCAGAGAUCACACUGGUUCAUUAGCACCACUACCAACGUCGACGAACGACCCCUUCCGUCCAGUCGCGCUACUCAAGCCGAAACGAGAGGAUCCCCCAAUAUGCUGUCUGAGGCCAGCGGCAUCAUCUCUUGAACCAGACGAUUCGGAGGUGUUUCUGUCGUUCGAGGAGUGGAAGGCGAAGAGGGCGGCGGAGGCGGGAGGCGUGCGGCGGGAUGCUGCAGGGCAGGGUGCGUCGUCGUCGGUGGUCGAGCAGCAGCAGGCGGGUGCCACUCCAGAUGCGUCCUCGUCUUCGAACGGUUCUGCUUCGUCUUCAGGCGGUGGUGGGCCCGUCGUCGGACAAGACAAUGUGGACGGAGGCCCUGCGUCGUUUCAAUCGUCGGAGCAGCCCCAUACGGAUUCGUUGCAGACGCUUUCUCCACAUUUCCGGGUUCCCAUCAUCGACAGAUUCAAUUAUGCUUCCCUCGAUUGUUCCGCGCGCGUCCACAGCUCGCACAAGAGCGCCAAAUCGGCAUAUAACAUUCUCUCGAACAAGAAGGAUAGGUACAUGCUCAGCCCGUGUCCCGCGCCGGGAGAGAAACACUUGCGAACUUCGAGUUCUUCAGUGGCGUGUUCAGGGAGUUUACGGUCAGUGUGGCGAAGACGCAUGUGAGCGAGGGGCCUGGGCAGGUUGGGUUGGAGGAGUGGACUGUGGUGGGGACGUAUGUUGGGAGGAAUUUGAGAGGUGUUCAGUCUUUCCACCCGCCGACCUCGAUCCGUGAUUUCUACCGCUUCAUUCGUAUCGACUUUCAUUCGCACUACGGGAACGAGUACUACUGCCCAAUAUCUCUCCUUCGUGUAUACGGUCUCACACAUCUCGAGCAAUGGAAGUGGGACGAGUGGGAGGCCGCUAGUCGAGCGAAGUUGGAGCAGAACAACGGAGUACCCGCACCGCCAGCCGUCACAGAGACGAUCGAGGAGGCUCCUCCAUCUUCGUCCACGACCUACAGCGAGACUCAAACACAAACAAGUGUAUCAUCGUCUUCCUCUGUUCACGAGCCCUCGUCUUCGGUGUCGUCGACAGAUAAUGUCACUGUGGAGGUGGCAUCGUCGGGAAAUUCUACGGAGGAGAUCCCAAGUGUCGAAGCGACGCCGACAGGAGAAGAGCCCGAUACAAUCACUUUCCGUCAUAGUACAGACAUCGCACCACCACUAACCUCCGAGGAAGCACCAUCCUCCGAUGUCCCGACCCCCACCCCUCCGUCUGAUGCUACGCCAACUAACACCCAAUCAGAUGCAUCACGCGCAGAAGAGUCAUCGCCAACUCCCUCUAGCUCCUCUAAUUCCUCUUCGUCAGUGACGACAUCAAUAAUCGUCACGGAAUCCCCGACUGCCGUUGCUUCUUCCUCUACAACCAUAACAACAACGUCGACAAUUUCCCUCUCCGCCACAAACCUCCUCUCUCUCCCUCCCCUCUCCUCUCCCCUCGUCCAUCCACCACACUCUAGUGGCCCACCACCCAGCACCGGCGCCGAGUCCAUCUAUCGCACCAUCAUGAACCGUCUCACCGCCCUCGAAGCUAACACCACGCUCUACGCUCGAUACGUCGAAGAACAAACCGCGGGCAUCCGGGACGUGUUGCGUAGGAUGGGGGAGGACGUGGGCAGGUUGGAGGGGAUGGGGA